AUGCGACCGCGAGCAAAGGCUAUGCUCCCCUUCUUCGCCGCAAGCUUUACUACGGCCUGGGCAGCGGAGUACAAGAUACACGUCAUGCUCGGGCCCGGUGUACAUGCGGUGAACUUUGACGACAAGCCUCUCAGCGGACCCGCGACAUUCACCACCACCCCACUCCCCGCAAAUUUCAUCAAGGUCCACUUUUACCCAGACAUUGAGCUUCAGAAUGGGACUGUGCUUUACCUCGAUUGCGAUCUCGGCCGGAAGUCGGGCGCGCUGAUGGUGGAUGAUCGGGUGUUUGCGAUACAGGCUGCAUAUCCACAUUUACCGGUGAAGGAGAAUGGUGCGGCGACCAUAAGAUGUGAUCCACGUUGA